AUGCAAGUUUCCAGGCUCACAGCAUCAAUGGCCGCUCGCCUCGAAUCAAAUUGCGGCUUUGAGGACUUUUGGCAGCGAGCGGGGACGAUCGCUGUUGAAGAGGGAGGACUCUUCGCCUCGGAAGACGGCCCCGUAUAUACCGACGAGUCCGCCGUGCGAGAUGCACGCAUAGUCACGAGAAUCGAAAUUGAGCUAGAACCUGGAGGCAUCCUCUCUACAGGACGCUGCUCACUGUUUGCUCCAGAAGGUGAAGAGGAACCGCCUAGGCAAUGGACUCGGCAAGAUCAUAUGGUGAAAGCAAUGGCCAACUUCCGCAGGCUGCUCUUGGCCGAACAACAGCGGCACCGCGCUACAGCAAAGAAGCUGGCCGAGGCAUGCCGGGACGAAUGGAUCCGCCGGCAACCCAAGUCGGCUGAGCAGAUGGAAGAGGAAGCAAGGGAAAAGUGGAUUUCACGCUACCGCCUUGUUGCCCGUGCCGUGUCUGGCACUUGGGAAAACGUCAGAGCCCACGUAAACCGUCAGCGCCUGGAGCGUUGGGAAGCCGAGGAGCAGCGACGAGUCAAGGCUGCUCUCAACGAGGCGGUCCAUCUUUCCGAACAAAAGCUCCAAGCUCGACGGGCAGGGCUGGAUUCGGAGAUGCCAUCAGAUGUCGACGACGACGGAUUCGACAACUUGAGCGACGACCUUGGCGUCGAGGGAGAUGACGCCGAGGAAUACAAUCUGGCGUCGGGCGCAAGCGACGGUGAUGACGACGACGAUGGCGAAAGCAUCGACAGCGAUAACAUGUCGACGUCAGACGAAGAGGAGGAAGAUGCCGCCGAUGUUGAGGGUGAGGUCAGGGAUGCACGAGAUGAAGGCCUGACCCAGGAAGAGCUGAGAGCCAAGUAUGCAAAUCUGCCAGACUUUAUACCCGCCACCAAACCGAUCACGAAUGCCGGACCAGAGGCAAGCGACACCGGGAUUGAGGCUACUGACGGUGGAGAAACCAGUGACGAAUCUGUUGACAUGGACGAUGACCUGGGAUCGAGUGACAUGGGCAGCGACAAUGAUGGCAAUGGCGGCCGUCAGAGCAGCGGAGACGGGGGUGGUGAUGAGGACUCAGAAGAAGAGGACGAUGCCGGGGGUCUACUCGGGCUGUUUUUUGGCAAGUCUGAACUCGAGCAGAUCAAGCAGGAAGCGACAGACGAGAAGGAUGAACCUGUCGCAGAGCAACUAGAGGAAGACCUUGGCAUGGAAGAUGCGCCUCCCGAUCCCGGUGUGUCUGCAAGCAGAAACUCAUUCAAUGACGAUGACCUGCAGUCGCCGUUGCCAGGUUCCGUGCCACUUACGAAUGGCCAUAACGGCACCGAAGAUGACAUGCCUGAGAGGGUCGAAGCUGAGGACUCGCCGCCGGUCAAAGGGCCUAGCAAGGCGGAAUUCCCGAAAAAGAAAGAAGCCGCCAAAGUUGAUGCUCAUGGUGAUGCCAUGGGGCCAAAGCUGAUGAAUGGGGUUGUAUCAAUGACGCAUGCACAAGACGAGCAGACGACGCAACCGUCGGACGAUGAAAACAGGACUGAGGGUGACCGCCGAAUCGAAAGCUCGGAACCAAGACUUGCCACUGCGCCAGCAGAUGCGCGAAAGAGCGAAUCUCUGCCUGCAUCAAAAACAGGGCCAUGCGCACACGAGACGGAAAUACCAUUCCUGCUGCGCGGCACGCUGCGCGAGUACCAACAUGACGGCCUGGACUGGUUAGCCGGCCUCUACGCCAACAACACCAACGGCAUCUUGGCUGAUGAAAUGGGUCUCGGCAAGACGAUCCAGACCAUUGCCCUCCUGGCCCAUUUGGCAUGCCACCACCAAGUUUGGGGGCCUCACCUGGUCGUGGUGCCGACGAGCGUCAUGCUCAACUGGGAAAUGGAGUUCAAGAAGUGGUGUCCGGGAUUCAAGAUACUCGCGUACUAUGGCACACAGGAGGAGCGAAAGAGAAAACGCCGGGGCUGGAACAACAAUGAUGUCUGGAACGUUUGCAUCACCUCGUACCAGCUGGUGCUCCAGGACCAGCAAGUCUUCAAGCGUCGACGAUGGCACUUCAUGGUGCUGGAUGAGGCGCACAACAUCAAGAACUUCAAGUCACAGCGGUGGCAGACGCUGCUCGGUUUCAACACCAAGGCUCGCCUUCUCCUCACCGGCACCCCUUUGCAAAACAAUCUCACCGAGCUGUGGUCUCUGCUCUUCUUCCUGAUGCCUGCGGAGAACGGGGUGGGCGGUUUCGCGGACCUGCAGGAGUUUCAGGACUGGUUCCACAAGCCCGAAUCCCAAAUCCUGGAGAGCGGCAGGGACCAGAUGGACGAGGAAGCCAAGGCCAUCAUCUCCAAGCUGCACAAAGUCCUCCGACCCUACCUGCUUCGGCGACUCAAGGCAGACGUGGAGAAGCAAAUGCCGGGCAAGUACGAGCAUGUCGAGUUUUGCCGCUUGUCCAAAAGGCAGCGCGAGCUUUACGAUGGGUUCCUGGCCAGGACGGACACCAGGGAGACGCUGGCUUCGGGCAACUACCUGUCCAUCAUCAACUGUCUGAUGCAGCUUCGCAAGGUUUGCAACCACCCGGACCUGUUCAUCGACCGCCCCAUCAUGACGUCGUUUCGCAUGUCCACGUCGGUGGCGGCCAACUACAGGUUCACGGAGCAAAAGAUUCGGGCUCUUUCUGCAGAUGCUCUCAUGAGCACGGUGAGCCUGGAGUUUCUGAACCUCGUCCCCACACAGUACGAGCGCUACUCUAGCGUCCACGCGGAUCGCGUCGCUCACUUGAGCUCUCACCGGGCGUUGAUGAAUUUACGGGAAGCGCAGAGGACGAGGGCGGAGGCUGCGUGCACCAUCCUCGACCCCUCUACCGUCGAGUCUAGCAUCGAGUAUCUAGAGAGCGCGGCUCGAUGGGGACGGUUCGAGGAGUUGCAGCAUUGCGUAUAUCUCAACGCUCUGCGGCGUCAGCAACGCCCAAUCUACGGCAAGAAUGUCGUCGACCUGGUGUCCAUCGACGCCUACAAGCGCCCUUGCCGCCCCAGACCCAGGCUUCCGCAAAAGAUGAUGUCGUGGUUUGAAGGCGACCUGGCCUUGAUCGGCGCACUGACCCCGACGGUCGAUCAACGAGCCCAAGAGCUGAGGAUGACCAUUUCCAAGUUUUCCUGCGUGACCCCUCCCGUGGUUACCAGAGAUCUCGAAGAAGUGUUGCUCGGCCGAAGGGCGAUGGAGGCGUUUACCGACGAGGACAUGAAAAUCUCGGAACCAGUGCGAUGGGCUCCCUUCUUGCCCAAGGAAGCCCCUAUCGAUCCCUGGCACGAAGCGCGAAUGAGGCACAGCAUCCAGUUUCCAGACAAGAGGCUUCUUCAAUACGACUGCGGAAAGCUGCAGGUGUUGGACAAGUUGCUCCGAAAACUGCAAGCGGGUGGGCACAGAGCCCUGAUUUUCACUCAAAUGACAAAGGUGCUGGACAUACUGGAGCGGUUUCUCAACAUACACGGCCACAAAUACCUCCGCCUUGACGGUGCGACCAAGGUGGAGCAGAGACAGAUUCUGACGGACCGAUUCAACAGCGAUGCUCGAAUUCUGUGCUUCAUCUUGUCGACGAGGUCGGGGGGUCUGGGUAUCAAUCUUACCGGAGCCGACACCGUCAUCUUUUACGACCAGGACUGGAACCCCGCGAUGGACAAACAGUGUCAGGAUCGGUGCCAUCGCAUUGGCCAAACGCGAGACGUGCACAUCUACCGGUUGGUGAGCGAGCACACAAUCGAGGCCAACAUUCUGCGCAAGGCAUCGCAAAAGCAAAUGCUGGACGACGUCGUCAUCCAGGAGGGGGAGUUUACCACCGACUACUUAAACAGAGUCUCCGUGCGAGACGUGUUGGAAGACAAGGUGGACUUGACAAGCGAGGCCGGCACGGCUGCCGACGCCGCUCUGGAUAGAGUUCUAGGCGGCCCAGACACCACCAUCCGGGACCAGAGGACGGUCGGUAGGGUACUCGAGCAAGCCGAGGACAGGGAAGACGUUGCCGCAGCCCGCGUCGCCGAGAGGGAGAUCCUGGCCGACGAUGCAGACUUUACCGAGAGGGCAAGCGGCCCGGCGUCGGGCACGUCGACUGCCAGGCAAGGAACGCCGGCCGGGAAAUCAGUGCUCGACGGCGGGCUAGAUGUGGAGGUGCUCCCCCCAAUCGACGAGUGUGAGGUGGAGUAUAAUGCAUGGGGUGUGCGGAUGGGCAACAUUGAUCAGCACAUGGUGAACACGAUGACCGAGGAACUGAAGCACACGAAGCUCGAGUUGCCAAAGGACAAGAAGAAGGGCAAGAAGAAGGGAAGAGACACGAGGAAGCGGUGA